AUGAUGGUAGACGACAGAUGUCCGCUGUAUAGGUCGGCCAGUCUCCUGGCUCUAAUGUCUAUUCAUCAUAGCCUCGCCGAAUUCUCUCCCACACACAUUUGGGGUCAUUUGCCAGUCCAAGCCUGCGUCCUUCAUAUGCAUAUAUCUGCUGGCCCUCAAACGAAAGUACGCAUUGACUCGACGCAGAGUGGUCUCGGGGGAAGUCUGACCGCCGAGGAGGAGCAGGCGAUGCUGGCGCAGUAUCACUACACGGGAGCCACCACCGCCAUUCACCCGCUGCUCUCCUCCAUGGUCAACUACGCUCAGGCUGUGAAGUUUCAGGGUUUCGACGUUGCCGAAGGUCAGCCUUUACCCUCCCCUGCGCGUUGCGUACCCCAUGUUCUCAUUCCCUCCUCUCUCUCUCUCUCUGAGACUGUCGCCUUGGGUCUCAUGAAGAAUGAGGCCAUAGAGUUUGUAAAGUAUCCCUUUUGA